AACCUCAACUUACUAAUAACGAAUUAAGUCCGGAAUAUCAGAACUGGGAAAGUCAAAUCAACCAAAUAACCGAUAUUCAGCAAAUUACUAACUUUCAAGCUAGAAUUUUAGCCGAUAUUCAAGCCCGCCGACACGACAAAAAAACCGCUCAAAAAAGUUAUCAAGAGAAUCAAGCCGAAGCAGAAAAUUUGAAAAAAGAAAAAGCGGCUGAAAACCCCUCAGAAUAUAGCGAAGAGGCCAAGCAAAAAAUUGAAAAGAAACUAAAAAAUAAUGGAUUAGUGGAAAUUGAAACUAAACUCACCCAAACUAUUUAUCAAAAAGGAGUAAAAAGAAAAGUAGCGGACUUAACUUCCCGGGUCAAUCAAGUUCUAAACUCAAAAUCGGAUAAAAACCAAAUAGCAACUCUCAAAAAAGAAUUAUUGCAAUUUAUCAGUAGCAGUAAUAUUUACUACACUUCCCACAAAAAGGAAGUUAAAAGUUUAUUAACUAAAUUAGAAAAUUACUCGACUAAUAACCAACAGAGUAAUCUUUAUAGAAUACUUGGUGUGAAUAAGGAAUUAGAAAUUAAAAUUAUUGAUUAUUUAAAAAGGCUAGAAAAGAAUGAAAUUUCUCCUCCGAUAAAUAGUAAAAAAAAAGGUCUUUUACUAAUUAGCAAAAGUGAAUACGAAAAACUAGAUCAAGAACAAAAAGAAUAUCAAGAAUUAAGCCAAGAACUAAGCAAAGAAGAACAAAAUCUUAUCCUUGCGGAAGUUGAAGGCCUCAAAGAAAAAAAAGCCAAAUUAAUUAAUAAAAUUAAAGAACAAAUAAUUGAAGAAGAGGGUAUCAGUCAAAGUGUCAUUAUGGAAAUUCGUCCGGGACCAGGAGGAAAUGAGGCUGGGUUAUUUGUCCGUGAUUUAUAUCGUAUGGGGAAAGGAGUUUUCAACUAUCUAAAAAACGAAUCUGGGGUGCAUCGUGUUCAAAGAAUUCCUAAAACUGCAAAAGGGGGAGAAAUACAUACCUCUACUGCUACAGUUGUUAUCUUGCCAGAAUUCCAGGAUAUAAAAUUAGAUAUUUCCAAAAAGAACUUGAAAAUAGAAACUUGCCGAGCCAGUGGAGCAGGUGGUCAACAUGUCAAUACUACUGAUUCAGCCGUAAAGGUAACUUAUACUUAUUUUGUUAAUGGCAAGACUGAAACCAUUACAGCUACUUCCCAAGAUGGACGAAGUCAGCACGAUAACCGCGAAAGAGCCUUAACUGUUCUAAAAGACCGUUUGUUAGAAAAACUACAAACCGAUCAAGCAAAAGAAGUUGGAAAUUUGCGUUCCUCUAUGAUUGGCAGUUCUGAGC